AUGGCCUUCACUGUUGAACCUGACGCCAACCUGCCCCAACUGAUGUCUCAUCUGGAAUUGCUCGAGGAAAAUGACCAGAUGACAGGCCCAAGCGAGAUCCAGAGCACGCCGAUUUUCACAGAGUCGGUCCGAAAGUUUGGCCUGUCCUUGGCCAAAAACCCGUUUGUGCAGUACGGUCUCCUCGGUGGCGAUACCAACAGAAUGAUGUCAAACGUGUAUACGGCUAGCAUGGUGUCGACUGAUAAUGAUCCCCGCCUGUACUACAACGUCACCGCGCCGUCGAGCGUUUUCAUCUGCGGCAGCCAGGGCUCUGGGAAGAGCCAUACUCUCAGCUGCUUGCUGGAGAACUGUCUCAUUCCGACAAAGGCGAACCAGCUGCCGCGACCGCUGACCGGCAUCGUAUUUCAUUACGACACCUUCUGCUCCGACAAUGGCGGAUCCCCCAGCGAGGCGGCGUACUUGUCUUCCAACCCUGACAUCAACGUCAAAGUUCUCUGCCCUCCAACGAACAUCGACCAAAUCAAGCAGAGAGUAUACAGCCGACUGCCCAACGUCAAGGUGGAAGAACUCCGAUUUGACCAGGCCGACCUGAACACGAAGCGGAUGCUCGAUCUCAUGGCCGUCAGCUCCGUCCAGGGAGGGAUGCCCUUGUACCUCCAUGUCAUCACCAGAAUCCUCCGCGAGCUGCGGAUCAUCCAGCAGAAAAAAAGAGGAGCCUUCGAGUAUGCGGCUUUCAAGAGAGCCAUUGACGGGGAGGAACUGACGCCCGGCCAAAAGGGCCCUCUCCAACAGCGGCUUGAGACUCUUGAGAGUUUUAUGGUGGAGGAGCAAGUGUCUAGGUCAUUCUUCGCCACCAAGAAAAAGAAUCACGCAUCUCUCUUUGCGAGCAGAGGCAAUGACUGGACGCCCAUGGCCGGGCAGUUGACAAUCAUCGACCUUUCAUGCCCCUGCGUCACGGCAGAGACAGCAUGCGCACUCUUCAACAUCUGCCUUUCCUUGUUUCUGGAGCAGAAAGCGGAUAUUGGCCGCGUCGUGGCCCUUGAUGAAGCCCACAAGUACAUGACCGACUCUGCCGAGUGUGCGACCUUGACGGAGACGCUCCUGGCAACAAUCCGGCUUCAAAGACACUUGGCCGCUCGAGUCAUCAUCUCGACACAGGAACCUACCAUUUCCCCGAAGCUUCUAGACCUGUGCUCCAUCACCAUCGUUCACAGGUUUUCCUCUCCGGAUUGGCUGCGUAGCCUCAAAGGCCAUCUGGCCGGCGCCUCGGCCAUCGGCCCUGGCUCGACUGGUGAUGGCGAACAAACUCGCACCAUCUACCACGACGCAACUUCCGAGUUAUUCUCACAGAUUGUGGCACUGCGGACUGGCGAGGCGCUGCUGUUUGCCUCGAGCGCCAUUCUUGCCGUCUCGGAACCCGUCAAUGGUGGCGCCAACGAACUGAAGCCGUGUGAUUCCGACCCAAGUCUACGAAACUCUGGGGUUGCUGAUGUCAAGAAGAAUAUCGACCAUGAGUUUGAUACUAUUGCUUCAGACACCCCCAAGCCGUCUCAACGGCCUCGCAUUGUCCGGCUCGAGCAGGGCGUGUUGAGGCUUCGCGUGAGGCAGCGAAUCACCGAGGAUGGCGGCCAAAGCAUCAUGGCAGGUUGA